AUGUAUGAUCAUUUCCAAAGUCGGACCGUGGACGUAGUACAUUCCCAGACGUUUCGCCGGCAUCGUAUUUAUCAUCGUCAGGGGGGUCUUGCUAGUCUUAGCAGCACACUACAACUCGUCAACGGGAUAAGUGAAGCCGUGAUUCCCAAACUGUGCGCCGCGAGGCCCCGGGGAGCCGCAGCCUCUUUGCAGGAGCGCCGCGAAAUAUUGUAA